AUUCUAUAAAGCAAGGCCAUGCAAUUUCUUUUGGUAUAAAUUUUCGGUUUUGAUUUCAACUGGGUGCUUCAGAAAGGAAGAAGGGAGAUCAAGCAAGGUCUCAGUUUGGGAUUUCGUUUACUAAUAGACCAAUUUGGCAACAAUUUCUCAUAUGUUCUUCUGGAUUCUUCUUUCCUUAUCUUGUCAAAGGCAUUUGUGAGGUCUAAAGGGAAAUUCAGAGAUGGCAGAAAUUGCAAUCACAAGUGUUAUCAGCAAGGUUGUAGAUAUAUCUGCCGCCUUGCUUGACAAGCAAGGCUCUCGAUUAAAUCAGUUGCAAGAAAACAUCAAUUGGAUUGUAAGAGAAUUGAGAAAUAUUCAAUCUUACCUGGAAGAUGCAGAGGCCAGGAAAUCUGAAAGCCGUGGUGUAGCAAAUUUGAUGAAGGACAUCGAAGACCUUGCUAGCGAUGUGGAGGACAUUUUGUACACGUUUCUUCCCCAAAUAGAAUCACACAGAUCAAGCAGCUUAAUCAGAAAGGCCGCCGGCACUUUAUGUUAUGUCCGUACUUGCCGUAGUUUUGCUGUGGAGAUUGAGAAUAUCAAGCAACGAGUUAAUGAAAUUGAUCGCACCCGAAGAACAUAUGGCAUUAAGGAUACUAAUGGUAGCAGCUUCAACAGGUUUCAGUUGGAUCGCAGAGGUGCCUCUCUUCAUGUUAAUGAACCCAUCAUCGUCGGUUUUGACAGACAAGUGGAAGAACUAAAGGCAAGGCUGUUAAGCACAAAUUUGGAGUGCUGUUUCAUCUCGAUUGUGGGUCUGCCAGGUUUAGGGAAGACCACUCUUGCAAAGAAAAUCUUUAACGGUGUAAAAGAGAACUUUGAAUGUUCGGCUUUGGUUUGUGUUUCUGAAGAGCCAAGUAUCAUAGAUAUUUUGAAAAAUGUGGCAAAACAAGUCGGUUUGGAGAAGGAAAAGCAGGAGGAGAACUUGGAAGCCAAUUUGUUUGCAUUUCUACAGGAAAAAAGGUUUGUGAUUUUCUUCGAUGAUAUCUGGCAUAUUGAAUCUUGGGAUACUUUAAGACUUGGCAUACCUACUCAUUCUCAGAAUGGUAGUAGAAUAAUUAUUACUUCUCGAAAUUCAGGUGUUGGAAGGUACGUUGGUAGUGAAAGUUCUUUGCAUGUGUUAGAACCCUUAGACUUCGAAAAUAGUUGGGAACUUUUCACCAAAUUGAUAGCGUCCUCUUUGACAAAAGGACUGGAAGACAUUGGUAAACAGAUAAUAGAAAGAUGUGGUGGCAUGCCACUAGCCAUUGUAGUCACAGUAGGAAUGUUGCGGGAGAGAGAGACGAGUGACAUUGAAUGGAAAUCGGUACUUAAGAACAUAGGCCAAGAUGAUCAGGAUAAAUGUUUGAAAAUCCUAGCCUUGAGUUACAAGGAUUUACCGACUGUGCUAAAACCCUGCUUUCUUUACUUAGGACUUUACCCUGAGGACCAUGAAAUUCGAGCAACCCAGCUGAUACAUAUGUGGACAGCUGAGAAGUUCCUGCAAGGUAUAGGCGAUCUAGAGCCCGAGGAUGUGGGAGAGGAGUAUGUCAAGAAACUGGUUGCUAGAAACUUAAUUCAAGUUGUUAGUAGAAGAUUUGAUGGAAGGGUAAGAAGUUGUAGAAUCCAUGAUCUUUUGCGCAGCCUUUGCAUUAACCUGGCUAAAGAAAACAACUUUUUUUACACUCUUGAUCAUCUGAAUUCGAGUUCUGCUAUGAGAGCGCGCAGACUUGUCGCUCGCCACCACAGUAAUAACGAGUACUUUGCUUUAAAUCUCAAGACACCUAAACUUCGUGCAUUUUUUUUCUCUUCCAACAAAAAUGAGAAAAUCCCGCGGAAACAUCUGAAAAGUUUUCUUUCAGACUUCAGAAUAUUAGGAGUGCUGAGUCUAGAAUCACACUUCCUCUAUUUGCGCCUUCCAAAUGAAAUUGGAAAUCUGAGCCAGUUGACUUGCUUCCGCCUAAACGUUAGUUUUGCCAAAGUGCCUUGCGCUAUAUGCAAACUUAGAAAGUUGCAGACCUUUGAUAUUCAAGAAUGUCUGUUUGUAGACCUUCCUAUGUGUAUCUGGAAAAUAAAAGAGUUGAGACACCUUCUCCUAUGUGAUAUCCGAUUUUCAUCUUUCAAUUGGGGAUUUAGGUCUAAAACGGCAAAACUAAAUCACCGGUUGGAAGUUUCUUUACCUUAUCUCCAAACUCUAGUUGGGAUUAAAGGGGAGCAAUUGAAUCGGAUCUGGCUGCGCAAAUUCCGAAAUUUAAGGAAAUUGGAAGUAAAAUAUUCUCCACGAGGAAUCAUUGAAGAACUAUCCCAUGCAGAGCCGAUAUCAGCAAAACUCGAGAACCUGAGGCUACGGUCAUCAAUUUUUGGGGACGAUCAAACUGUAAGAUUGGAUCUAUCACGAUAUCAAAAUCUUGUUAGGUUGCGUAUAGGUUAUUGGAUGAAGAAGCUGCCUAAUGCUGAUGAAUUUCCACCUAACCUCAUCAAGCUAACAAUUGAACUAACAUUUCUUGAGGAGGAUCCAAUGGAAGUACUGAAGAAAUUACCCAAGCUCAAAAUCCUGAAACUUGGAUCUGAUUCCUACAAAGGCACAAAGAUGGAUUGUUCAGGAGCAUACAGUUUUCUUCAGCUCGAACUGCUGCAAUUUCGACGCUUGUGGGAGUUGGAGAAGGUUAUAGCAGAUGAAGAAGGAAUGCCAAAACUCAAAGAAGUAAUCAUUAGUGGUUGCCAUAGACUCGAAAUGAUUCCAGAAAAGCUAGAAAAUGUGCGGAAAUACGAGAAAUAGAAAGAUCAGCACUCAGCCCUGUGUGUACUCAUUACAGUUUUCACAAGGUUAAAAUACAGCAUUUUGAUUACACACUGAAGUAUUAUGCUUAUUUAUGUAUGAAUAAAUUAUUUGAAUGUGAUUUUAUGAUUCA